AUGUGGUGUAACGUACCCAAACGAUGUGUUUCAGAACAGGGCAGGGGCGUGUGCGUUCGGGGAAGCAGCGACCCAGCGACGACACGCCAAAAUAAUUCACUCUCCCUCCUGCCUGGCGGCACCACAACGACGACGACGACGAGGACGACGACAACACCAACACCAACACCAUCAACCACACCGCCUCGACUCCCAGCCGCUGCUGACUAG